AGGUAAUGACAUCAACAACGGCGGCUCGAACAGCGAGUAGUCGCGUCGGAGCGACAACUCUUCUUACCAUCGUCGUACUGGCUCUGGCAUGGUUCGUCGGAUUCGCCUCCCGCCUUUUCGCCAUCGUCCGCUUUGAGUCGAUUAUCCACGAGUUCGAUCCAUGGUUUAACUAUCGCGCUACACAUCAUAUGGUUCAACAUGGUUUCUAUAAAUUCUUGAAUUGGUUUGAUGAGCGUGCCUGGUAUCCACUUGGUCGUAUUGUCGGAGGAACUGUAUAUCCAGGACUCAUGGUAACAUCUGGAUUAAUUCACUGGAUUUUGGAUUCCCUUAACUUCCAUGUUCACAUUCGUGAAGUUUGCGUAUUUCUGGCUCCAACAUUCUCUGGCCUGACUGCCAUUGCCACCUAUCUACUUACAAAGGAGUUGUGGAGCCCAGGAGCUGGUCUUUUCGCCGCUUGCUUCAUUGCUAUUUCUCCAGGAUAUACCUCCCGUUCAGUUGCUGGAUCCUAUGAUAACGAGGGAAUUGCCAUCUUUGCUCUUCAAUUCACGUAUUAUUUAUGGGUGAAAUCGCUCAAGACCGGAUCGAUUAUGUGGGCUUCGUUAUGUGCCCUUUCAUACUUUUACAUGGUUUCCGCAUGGGGAGGAUAUGUUUUCAUUAUCAACUUGAUUCCACUUCACGCUUUGGCUCUCAUCAUCAUGGGUCGCUACUCGUCCCGUCUGUUUGUUUCCUACACAUCGUUCUAUUGCCUUGCCACCAUCCUCUCGAUGCAAGUUCCAUUUGUAGGAUUCCAACCAGUUCGUACUUCCGAGCACAUGCCAGCUUUUGGAGUAUUUGGUCUUCUUCAAAUUGUUGCUCUCAUGCACUACGCUCGCAACCGCAUCACCCGGCAACAAUUCAUGACUCUCUUUGUGGGAGGAUUGACCAUUUUGGGAGCUCUCUCCGUUGUUGUUUAUUUCGCAUUGGUUUGGGGAGGAUAUGUCGCUCCAUUCUCUGGACGUUUCUACUCUCUCUGGGACACCGGAUACGCGAAAAUUCAUAUUCCAAUCAUUGCUUCUGUCUCUGAACAUCAGCCAACAACCUGGGUAUCAUUCUUCUUCGAUCUCCAUAUUACCGCUGCUGUGUUCCCAGUUGGAUUGUGGUAUUGUAUUAAGAAGGUCAACGAUGAGCGUGUUUUCAUUAUCCUGUACGCUGUGUCUGCGGUUUACUUCGCCGGAGUCAUGGUCCGUCUCAUGCUCACCCUCACUCCAGCUGUUUGUGUGCUCGCCGGUAUCGGAUUCUCUUACACUUUCGAGAAAUACUUGAAGGACGAAGAAACAAAAGAGCGUUCUUCUUCUCAGUCAGGAACCACAAAGGACGAGAAGUUGUACGAUAAAGCCGCCAAGAACGUCAAAUCCAGGAACGCCAACGAUGGAGAUGAGUCCGGAGUUUCUUCUAAUGUGCGUACAAUCAUUUCAAUCAUCCUUGUGAUCUUCCUACUCAUGUUCGUUGUCCAUGCUACCUACGUCACAUCCAACGCCUAUUCUCAUCCAUCUGUCGUCCUCCAAAGUUCUACUAACAACGGAGACCGUAUCAUCAUGGACGAUUUCCGUGAGGCUUAUCACUGGCUCCGCGAGAACACAGCUGAUGAUGCCCGUGUUAUGUCAUGGUGGGAUUAUGGAUAUCAAAUCGCAGGAAUGGCCAACCGUACUACAUUAGUUGACAACAAUACCUGGAACAACUCGCACAUUGCCCUUGUCGGAAAAGCCAUGUCCUCCAAUGAAUCAGCCGCUUACGAAAUUAUGACCGAACUCGACGUUGACUACAUUCUUGUUAUUUUCGGAGGAGUUAUUGGAUAUUCUGGAGAUGAUAUCAACAAAUUCUUGUGGAUGGUUCGUAUUGCACAAGGAGAACACCCGAAAGAUAUCCGCGAGGAGAACUACUUCACAUCGACUGGUGAAUAUUCCACUGGAGCAGGUGCUUCUGAAACUAUGCUCAAUUGCCUCAUGUACAAAAUGAGCUAUUAUCGUUUUGGUGAAACUCGUGUUGGAUACAACCAGGCUGGUGGCUUCGAUAGAACUCGUGGAUAUGUAAUUGGAAAGAAGGAUAUCACUCUUGAAUACAUAGAAGAAGCAUAUACAACGGAGAACUGGCUUGUGCGUAUCUACAAGCGUAAGAAGCUUCCAAACAGACCAACAGUGAAGAGUGAAGAGGCUACCAUCCCAAUUAAGGGGAAGAAGGCCACACAGGGUAAAAACAAAAAAGGAGUGAUUCGACCAGCUCCAACCGCUUCUAAAGCUUAAGUCCAAGCUGAACAAUUGGAAUAUGUAUUAUUCGGAUGAUUUUUAAAAGAUUAGGUUCACUGUGAUAAUGAUUUGGGAUUGUAAUUUAUUGAUUUUCUUCUCUUUCCCUUUUGAUUUUUCUAUUUAUUACCGUUCACCCCAUCACACACUCUUGCGUUCUCUUACCAUCUCUCUUCCUUUUUCUCUCCAAACCAAAGCGUUGUAAGUUGUUAAGGUUUUAAAGAUUCCCACCUUUAAUUUAUUUUUCCCUUCAUCCCAAAGCUUCCUUGCUCCUUUUCUCUGUUUUUAGUCGCAAGUCACCCAUGGGACACGUGUCGUUAUUAAUGUUGUGUAUUUAUUUUUUAAUAAAAGAGGUAUUUAUUG